UUCCUGUUGAGUGUGCGAGAGGAGCAUCGAAGUACAUCCACAGCUCCAGCUCCGUCCAUAGGCUACGGUCUCAUGUCUCCUUCACGCCUCCUGCUCCUCCGCGGGACACUGCACUCCUCCAGCCGCUGAGAAGGCGCUGACCCUCCGCGUUCUGCUUCUGCCCGGUAUGGAGUACCUUCUGCAGUUGAAGAUCGGAGCUCUGUUCGGCUUGCUGCUCCUCACGCUGCUUGUCGGCUUUAUCCCCGCCCGAGUUAAGUGGUUUCGGGAUACAAACGGAACUGAGACUCACCGCACUGUGCUGAGUCUGAUCAGCUGUUUCGCUGGGGGAGUCUUCCUGGCAGCAUGUCUCCUGGACAUUCUUCCAGAUUAUCUGUCAGACAUCAGAACAGAGCUGGUUGCGCGACAGGUGCAGAGCAGUUUCCCUAUCCCAGAGUUCAUCCUGGCAGGGGGCUUCUUCAUUGUGCUUGUCCUGGAGAAGCUAGUGCUUCACUGCCAGGAAAGGAGAGUGCAUGCCGGUGAGAGGGAACCUCUUCUGCAGGGAAAUGGACAUGGGCACGGACAUGGAGAGGUGGUCAGACCGGAGCUAGAGAGCAGGGGGCAUCACAUCCAUGUGGACCUGCAGGCUCACUCCCCAUUCCGCUCCUUCAUGCUCUUCCUAUCUCUGUCCCUGCACUCGGUGUUUGAGGGACUGGCUAUUGGGCUGCAGAACACUGACUCCAAGGUUCUGGAGAUCUGCAUUGCCAUCCUGGUGCACAAGUCCAUCAUUGUGUUCAGUCUGUCGGUGAAGCUGGUGCAGAGCGGGCUGCGUGCGGGCUGGGUGGCAGCGUACCUGGGCGUGUUUGCCCUCAUGUCUCCCCUGGGUAUCGCCAUGGGCAUCGGGGUGAUGGAGGCACGAGUGGGCUCUGGAGCUCUGGUGCAGGCUGUGCUGGAGGGGCUGGCUGCAGGCACCUUUGUCUACAUCACAUUUCUGGAGAUCUUGCCUCAUGAGCUCAAUUCUCCGGGGCGACAGCUGCUCAAAGUGCUCUUCCUCCUGCUGGGCUUUUGUGUCAUGGCUGGACUCACCUUUGUGAGCUGACGCAGGUCUGCUGUUUGUUGUCUGCGCACUGCUGCCUGCUGUCUGCAUACUGCAUCGGUGACCAUUUUAAAGACCUUAUUUGAACAAUGGAGUUUUAUUUGAGUAAACACACUGUUGCACAGUAAAAGAAAGUGUGAGGAGGGUAUUACUGGACUUUUGACUUUGCAAACAACCAAUAUGACCUCUGACCUUUGAGACUAGGUUGUUGUUUUUGAGAAAUGAAAAAACUACUUUUUUUUUUACUGAAAACUGAAAUCAACAGCAGCAGAUUGAAUAGACUGUGUUGUGCAGAACAUGUUCAUUUUGGCAAGUAAUUUCAUUAGACUUUUUAAUUACAAUUUUAGUCUUAGUUUUAGUCAUCACUCAUUUGUUUUUAUUUAGGUCACGCCAGCAAAUAAAAUGCAUAGACAGAAAACAAUGACAAAAAAUUUGUCAUCUAAAUGAGCAGUGGUGCAGAGAAGCUCAGGCAGCAGCCUUGAGCAGCAUCUGUUACAUUUGCCUCUGUGGUGUUUAUUGUGGGCAGUGCACUGACUAUCACUACAGUUUUAUUCCUUGUAUUGAUUGGUCACAAAUUUUAUAUUCAAUAUAAAUCCUCAAGUCAGUCCCAGCCCUGUCCUCUAUGUUUAUGACCACUCCAGUUGUGUUCAAGUUGGUGCCUUAAUUUGUAUUUAAUAUUGCUGUGUGGUAGGUCUGUCACGAUAACAAAUUUUGAUGUACGAUAUAUUGCUGAAGAAGCUGACGCUAAAACCCAAAAGUAGGAUUGUGUAUGUCUAUUCUAAAUGUACAAUAUGGUUAAAAAAGAUGGCUAUUUUUUAUUGCAGUUCAACCGUCAACCUUCUACAGCUCAAAUCUUAUAGAACAGAAAAAUAACAAAAUGUUCUUCACUAGUACAAAAAAAGUCCCUUCGAAAAAUAUUGACCCUCAAAAAAUAUUGUUCCAUCUACCAUAUAUUGAAUGAUAACUCAAUAUAGUAAUUAUCGUGAAAGACCUACUGUGUGGUACUACUUUUGUGUACUUUUUCAUUUGAUGGGGUACUUUUUAAUGAGUUGGCCAGUGGAAUGUUUUGGUGCACUCCUGUCUGAAGACAACACUAUAUAAAUGUCUUAAAUUCAUGACUCAUAUCUGUGCUUGUAUCACAGCUUGUAUCAUUAUCAUUUUUUAGACUUUCCAAAAAAAAAAAGUAUAUUAAAAGUUUGAAAGCUUGCUCGUGGUUAAUCAGCUACAUGGUAAUUAAUGACCACAAGACCUAUAAUUUUAUUUAAAGCCUGUUUCUGAAAUUUUAUAAACCACAAGGUUAUUAAAACAUUUCACCGAAUCUUGCGUUUUAAUGUGCCUUUUGGACUUAAAACAACCGCGUUAUGGAUAUUAUUUAGCACGUAGCUAGUUAGCCUCCGCACUGCCUCUUAAUAUUUUAAUUUAUCCAAAAGUCUGUGGGAAAAAUAAAUGGGAAAUUUACUUCCAGAACCUGAACAGGCACCGGUGAAGCUAUAUUACGCAAAUGCUGGCUAUUACACUAGGCCUGUACCACAAUACAUGCCAUGAUUAAUUCCAUAUUUCUACAAUUGAUGCUUUGCAGCCGAUGUCAUCAAGAUUCUCUGGGGAUAUGAUGCUAACUUAAGACACUAGUCUGUUAGAAGCUCUGUCAGACUUUAAUCUGACCCUAAAAACCUGGCUUAGUUGAAACAAUGGAAGAGCAGAUUUGUUUUGUUGAACAAGUCUCAAAUAAUAUUACAGUCACAAGCCAGCUAGUAUUAGUCAACAUUUUUUCAUGUAGUCUCUCUCACCUUUUUUGUUGAAAGUCAAAGUCCUAAACAGGACCAUGAAUGCUCGUAUUGAUCAGAUGCUGCACUUUAAAUCAAUUUUAAAUGGAUAAAACUUUUUUUUGACAGUGUUUGCUAAUGUGUCACCAUGGUAACUGCUGAACAUUUUGCUACAUGUACUUUGAAUCCUUCGAGUUGGAGCUGGGCUGGAGACCGGUCAGAAUUCUGUGGUGGAAUUUGCUGUGUACCUGUCAGAUUGCAGAUGUGUUGACCUGUUUUAUUGUCUCUGUAAUUAAUGGGCUUAUCCAAAUGAAACAAAAACUGACACAACGUUCAACGUCUUCUCUGCCAGUACAAACAAACAAGUGACAUUAUGUAUUUACAGCAGGCUCUGAAAGUGAUGCCAUUAUUCAAGCCCAAAGAAUAAUAGCUAAUUGAACAAAUACUGAUACGGAUUUCUUUAAAAAAACUCACUCACAUACAGUUAUCAAACUGCCAAAUAAGCUUUAAAAUUGUCUGAAAACUAAGAAAAUACACAAAAUGGAUUUAUACAACACAUUUUCAGGAGCCUAUGAUCAAUACAAGGGUUCAUGGUCCUGUUUAGGUGUUUGAUUUUCAACAAAAAGGUGAGAGUGACAAACUAGUGUCUAAUUUGAGUAACAGAGCUUCAGGCAGAGUAGUGCUUCCAGUUAAUAUCACACCCCCAGAGAAUGUAUCAAUUGGCAUAUGAUAUAAAUUUCACUGAGAUUUGUGUUGCAGUGUAUACCUAAAAAUCUUCAUAUCAAAAUCUAUAGAAAAAAUGGAGUGUAUAAAAAAAAAGGUUCAGAAAUGCAUUUUAGGGGAAAUUUCAAAUGUAUGAUUUUUGUUUGUCUUAAUUUAGCCUUGUUUUGGUUGUGGUUACAUCUCUCUUACAUUUUUAUUUUGAUACGGUUUGACUAAUAAAUAAUAUAUAUUUUUAGUUUCAAUCGAGCUGAACUCAAGGUGUCAAAAAUACAUUGGUUUGUUGUAUUAGUGUAUUGUUUUCAUGGUGACCUUUGAGAGUCUGGGGGCUACAUUGGAAAGUGACUGUGUGGUUGUGCUUUCACUCAUGUGUAGAUUGUCUACAGAUUUUUUUAUGUUUGUUGAGAUUGACCUGAUGACCAUUUAGAUAUUAUAGUAACUCAUUCGGAAUGUGCUAAACGGAGCUUGAAGCUCUAAAGGUAUAAAAGAGCACACAAAGUGAUUGGACUUAAUAAAAAACUGUGGUCAUUU